AUGACUCAGUUAAACAUUAUGGAUCACAUUCUUUAUGAUUCUCAGCGACAGGGACGAAUCUCUUUUUAUAUGACCAACUUUGGAGAAGAGGGAGCCCAUGUAGGAUCGGCAGCAGCUCUUAGCAAUAAAGAUCUUAUUUAUGGUCAGUACCGCGAAGUUGGUGUAUUGAUGUGGAGAAAUUUCCCACUUGAAAAUUUCAUGAAUCAAUGCUAUGGAAAUCAUAAAGACAUAGGAAAAGGACGACAGAUGCCUAUACACUACGGUUCCGUGGAGCAUAAUUUCGUCACAAUCUCCAGUCCGCUUACUACCCAACUACCGCAGGCAGUUGGAACGGCGUAUGCAUUCAAGCGUAAGCCAAAUAACGACCGCAUCGUUGUCUGUUACUUUGGCGAUGGAGCAGCGUCAGAGGGUGACUGUCAUGCCGCGUUCAACUUCGCUACGACAUUGGUAUGUUUUCUGUAA